AUACAUUACUGCGCAGCCAGAUGCGGUUAGUCUGAAACCUAAAAACUUGUCCGUAACCGAGGCUGCGUCUAUUGGCAUUGGAUUUUUGACAGCUUACAUUGCUUUAGUGAAUUCAGCCAAUGUGCAGGAAGGAGAGAAUGUUCUUGUUCUCGGCUCAAGAGGUUCAGUAGGUCAAGCGGCCAUGCAAGUGACUCGUUUCAUGAAGGCUCGUCCAAUUGGUUUGGUAUCUAAGAACCCGCCUCAAGACCAGACGGAUGUUGUUGAUACAUCUGUAGAUGAUGUCAAGCAGAAGGUGCUUGCACUGACCAAUGGAAAUGGUGCCGAUGUUAUUAUUGAUACCGUUGGGAAUCAGGAAUUAUUCGAAAAGGCAAUUGGUGCUCUGCGCGUCCGUGGGCGAUAUGUUACGAUGUCUGUUCAAGGGAAUUUGACUAGAACAAUUAAUGCAUUAGACUUUUAUCGUCGUGAACUGCGUCUUAUCGGAUUGAAUACUCUCAAUUACAGUAAACGAGAAGCUGCUACUAUUCUAGAUAUUUUGCGACCAGGAUUUGAAAGUGGUAUAUUAAUGGCUCCGAGUAUAGGCAUGGAAUAUCCGCUUGAAUCAUGUGUUGAUGCUUACAAUGCUGUCAAACGAGGGUCAUCCAAACUUGUUCUUGUACCCUGA